AUGGUUCAAACAUUCAAAAUCCUCGUCCUACCCGGCGAUGGCAUCGGCCCAGAAGUGAUGACAGAAGCUGUCAAAGUCCUCAAAGCCUUCGAAACCCCAGAACGUAACUUCGAAAUCCGCCAAGAGCUAAUCGGCGGUUGUAGCAUCGACGCGCACGGAAAGACCGUUACAGAAGAAGUCAAGCAGGCGGCACUGGACUCAGACGCCGUACUAUUCGCAGCAGUCGGAGGACCGAAAUGGGACAAUCAACGACGUGGUCUUGAUGGUCCAGAAGGUGGACUUCUGCAACUCCGUAAGGCAAUGGAUAUAUACGCGAAUCUGCGUCCUUGCUCGUCGACUUCCCCGAGUGCAUCUAUUGCCAAGGAGUUCAGUCCAUUCAGACAGGAUAUCAUCGAGGGGGUGGAUUUCGUUGUUGUGCGGGAGAACUGCGGAGGAGCAUAUUUCGGCCGAAAGGUUGAGGAGGAGACCUACGCAAUGGAUGAAUGGGGCUACUCCGAAGCCGAGAUCCAGCGCGUGACGCGUCUAUCUGCUGAGGUAGCACUGCGGCAUGAUCCGCCCUGGCCUGUGAUUUCACUGGACAAGGCGAAUGUUCUGGCCUCGUCACGUCUCUGGCGGCGUGUAGUCGACAAGACCAUGGCAACUGAGUAUCCGCAAGUCAAGCUGGUGCACCAGCUUGCUGAUUCGGCAUCUCUGAUUUUGGCAACGAACCCACGAUCACUGAAUGGUGUAAUUCUUGCCGACAACACCUUCGGCGAUAUGAUCUCUGAUCAGGCUGGGUCUAUUAUUGGCACGCUGGGAGUGUUGCCAAGUGCUAGUCUCAAUGGUCUUCCUGGAGACAAGACACUGAGAACACGGCCGUAUGGACUUUAUGAGCCUACUCAUGGCUCUGCUCCGACUAUCGCUGGACAGAACAUCGCCAAUCCCGUUGCGAUGAUCCUGUGUGUUGCACUGAUGUUCCGGUACUCAUUGAACAUGGAAGUUGAGGCGCAGCGGGUAGAGGAUGCGGUGCGAAAAGUGCUGGACUCAGGGCUUCGGACACCUGACUUGGGCGGUAAGGCUAGGACUGUUGAGGUUGGCGAUGCAAUUGUCGCUGCGCUGUAG